CUGACUGAUGAACAGCAAGUGCUAGCAGUGAUCCGUUCCUUGCCUCAAAGCUGGGAGCACAUGAAGGUGCACCUGACCCAUAAUGAAAACAUCAAAACCUUUGAAGAUGCCAUGCGCCAUCUUGAGUUAGAAGAGGAUUGCCUCCUGGCGGCGAAACCAGAAACCGACAUCUAUUAUGCUGGUUCUAGCUCACAUGGGGCUUCGAGCUCCAAGCGCAAGCGUGUCGAAAGGUUUAUGAAAUGGAAAGGCAAGGGAACAAGUUCUUCGGGUAAGAAACCAAAAUUUAAUCAACAAGACAAAGGAAAGCGUUCUUUUGUUAAGAAGAUGUCGAGGGUGAAAUGCUACAACUGUAGCAAGAAGGGCCACUUCGCUCGCGAUUGCGGCGAGCCAAAGAAGAUUCGGGAGCAACAGACCAUGUAGCGAAGGAUAGAGAAGCCUUCGUAGAAUUCCGACGAGUUCCAACGGGAACUAAAUGGAUUUAUGUAGGGAACAACUCCAGAGCUGAGGUUAAAGGAAUUGGCAACUGCCAGUUAAUUAUGCAUGGUGGACCCACUUUGUUCCUACAUGAUGUAUUAUAUGCUCCGGAAAUUCGUCGGAACUUAGUGUCUGUUUUAGUGUUGAUUCGACUUGGUUUUAAUUUGAACUUCCAUAACAAUGGUGUAGACUUGUAUUUAGGUACGAGUUAUUAUGGUUGUGGUUAUUUUCUAGAUGGUUUUAUUGUACUGGAUGUUGAUUCUGUAAAUGUCAAUGUUUGUUAUU